CCGCCUCAUCUGGGAACCCGAAGGCCCUCAGGGCGGAGGAGGGAGGGCGGGAAUUCGAGCAGCUCUCAGCCCGCAGGCUGUGGAGCUCUGUUUCUGCUGGUGGAGUUGGCUGGUUUUCCCGUCCCCACGAAUAAAAAUAAAAGAAUCUGAAAAAGUUGAAGAUACAUAUUCAGUCUCCAAACCAGAAGGUCAACAAAGUGGCAUGUAUUGACUUCUUAUAAGAGAAGAUUAAGGAAAUGCACAAUUUUGAGGAUGAGUUAACAUGUCCCAUUUGUUACAGUAUUUUUGAAGAUCCUCGUGUACUACCAUGCUCUCAUACAUUUUGUAGAAAUUGCUUGGAAAAUGUUCUACAGGCAUCUGGUAACUUUUAUAUAUGGAGACCUUUACGCAUUCCACUCAAGUGCCCUAACUGCAGAAGUAUUAUUGAAAUUGCUCCAACUGGUAUUGAAUCUUUACCUGUUAAUUUUGCGUUAAGGGCUAUUAUUGAAAAGUACCAGCAAGAAGACCAUCCAGAUAUUGUCACCUGCCCUGAACAUUACAGGCAGCCAUUAAAUGUUUACUGUCUCCUGGAUAAAAAAUUAGUUUGUGGUCAUUGCCUUACCAUAGGUCAACAUCAUGGUCAUCCUAUAGAUGACCUUCAAAGUGCCUAUAUGAAAGAAAAGGACACGCCUGAAAAACUGCUUGAACAGCUAACUGACACACACUGGACAGAUCUUACUCGUCUUAUUGAAAAGCUGGAAGAACAAAAAUCUCAUUCGGAGAAAAUGGUCCAAGGUGAUAAGGAAGUUGUUCUCCAGUAUUUUAAGGAGCUUAGUGAUACAUUAGAACAGAAAAAAAAUUUUUUCCUAACUGCUCUUUGUGAUGUUGGCAAUCUGAUUAAUCUAGAAUAUACUCCACAAAUUGAAAGAAUGAAAGAAAUAAGAGAGCAGCAGCUUGAAUUAGUGACACUGACAACAUCUUUACAAGAAGAGCCUCCACUUAAAUUUCUUGAAAAAGUUGAUGAUGUCCGCCAGCGUGUGCAGGUCUUGAAACAAAGACCACUCCCUGAGGUCCCACCUGUUGAAAUUCAUCCUCGAGUAAGCCAAGUACUGAAAGAAGAAUGGAGCAGAACAGAAAUUGGACAAAUAAAGAAACUUCUCAUUCCUGAAAUGAAAAUUUCUUCAAAAAGGAUGCCAUGUUCCUGGCCUGAUAAGGAGGAAAAAGAAGUUGAAUUUUUUAAGAUUCUGAACAUUGUUAUAGUUACACUAAUUUCAGUGAUGCUGACGCUGAUCCUCUUUUUUAACCAACACAUAAUGACCUUUUUAAAUGAAAUCACUUCAAUAUGUUUUUCUGAAGCCUCUCUAUCUGUUUACCAAAGUUUAUAUAAGAAUGUGCAUGAUUUAAAGAAUAUACUAUGUCACACUUUAUAUUUACUGAAGGAAUUCAUGUGGAAAAUAAUUUGUUGAAAAUUCAAAUCUGAAUUGUUUAAGUAGGCUUAUUCUGUACAGCAGACUAAUGACCAUUGCUAAAUGGAGCAAUAGGGGUAGCAUGGGUAAAUAAAAUAGCAAGCUAAAGUUUAUUAGAGUUGCAACAAAUAUAAAUAAUCCCUUUCAUGCUUCUGUUGAAUAGAAAAUGUCAUCAAAAGUUAGAAAUGAGACGGAAUGUCUCUCGUUUUCUGAAAACCAGAACAAAAUCUAAUAAUUACUUGAUUUUGAGUAUUAUCCCAUUUUUAUUGGUUUGAGAGGUUGACUUAAUAUCACUGUGAUAUUUAAAUAUUCUUGUACCAAUAUUAUCUCUUAGCAUUAUAUACUGCAGUGGUUGGCUCUGCAGUUCUUUGUGUAUACGUAGCUUUUAAUUAAAAGAUGGCAAAAUCCCGAAAGGUAAUAAGCUUGACACUUUUGAAUGGACAAAUAAGGAUGGUGAGAAGAGGUUUUAAAUUCAAGUAGCAAAGUCUCAUAGUGAGAGUGGAUUGCUUACAUUAAAGAUGUGUUUGAUCAAAUGUACCUGAUCCACACACAUUCAUGUGUUUUAGGUAGAUUUAAGAGCUCUAAAAUGUUUAUAUCAGCAUUCACUCCUAAUAAAACUAUUGCUUUGGGAAAUCUAAAGUGCCAUUAGGGACCAAACAGUAACAUUCCCUAGUACUUAUUAUUCUGUGGUUUGUGUAAAUUUAUUUUAGGAUUGUAUUUAACUUUUGUGUAGUUUUAGUCAUGUCAGUCAAAUCAGUUCUUGGCUAAAAACUCUAAAACAAACAUGUUACUAGAAUGGACUAUUAUUGAUAUAUCCCACCCUCAUCAUAUUUGAAUGGCAUCAUGUUAACUGUUAUGUCUAAAAUUGUCUUAAAUUUUCUGUUGAACUUUCUCUUAUGCUAAUGCCAAAGUACCAAUAAUUCGAUCUUAUUUUCUGGAAUUGUGUUAUAAAUGGAGGCUACUUAGUUAUUAAGUCAAAUCCCUUUGAUUUAGUUUCCUUUAAUUAACAGGGACUGAACCGUGGUGCUUGUGGUAGGACUCUUAGCCCUUUUGUCCUUGUAACCCUAAGUACAAGCUCACUCACUUUCCAGAAAUUCCAAGUUGGCUGUAGCUCUUGGAUCACAUAUUUAGGAACCUUACUUAGUUCACAGAUUUUCCAGGUCAGAUUAGGUCCUAUAGCUGUGACUGUUCUCAGGGCACUAGUUCUAAAAUACUCCUUAUGUCUUAUCUGCUGAGAACAAGUCUGAACACUAAGAUGGCUGGCUGUAUUGUCAAUUUAUGAUCAGAAUCAGAAUAUCAGAAUCAGAAUAGCACAACUACCUGUUGUGUGGGCAGAGAACAUCUGGAGGAGGUGGAGGAGGUAUAUGUUCAGCUUACCAACUAACUUUAGACUGAAGUUGCAUCGACUUGAUUAAAGUAAUAGUUACAACACAAAAAUGCCACAUACUUUUUGGAAUACAUAUAAAUAUUAGUAAGCACUGAAAUGUUAGGUAUUAUGUGUCAAAAAUGUAAUCUCAUAUUUCUCGUGUGUAUUAAUCCUUUUUGUAGAUUAGGAAACAGACACAAAAGUAAAUUGCCCAAGGCCAUGUAUCUAGUAUAUGAGAGACUCCAUGUAUUCUUUUCAGAGUUCAUCUGUCGUGCUAUCUUUAAAGGAUUUAAGCCAAGAUUUUUAAAUUAAAUUAGGGUUUCUAAUAUAUGUCUAUGAAUCACAGCUAAAAACUGAAGCAUUUUAAGUUUGACCUUAAUAUUUUUUGUAACUUGCCAGUUUUUAGUAGAACUUUA